AUGACAGUAGUAGAAUAUUUGAACGCGAUAGUGACAAAUGAUGGAUUGGCCCGGUGCAAUCAUACGAAAGACCAGACGUCGCCUGUGUCCCCAUCAUCCUCGGGCCGUUCAUCAUUGUCACCGGUUAGUACUUCCCACUCCGACUCGGAUGACACGGAAGGUGAUAACGCGGGUAACGACUCGGAAUCGUAUGGGCCUAGGGGUGGUAAGGAGGAUGACAGUAGGAACGGCGAUACAGGGUGGAGGAGUGGUGAUGGGGGACAUGGGGAUGGCAAAAAGAGUGGCGAUUGGGGAAAUAGGGAUGGUGGAAAGAGCGGCGAUGAAAGAGAUGAAUACGGCACAAAGAACGGCGACGGGGGAGAUGGGGGCGGGAGUAAGAGUGGUGACGGCAGGGAUGGGGGUAGUGAACUAGGCGGUGGCGGGUUCGGAGGGUGUGACUGUGGCUGGGAGGAACUGUACUUUGUUCUGAAGUACGACCGACGCGGAAUAGUCGACGUUAACGAACGUAUAGCUCUCACGUGGUCCAGUUUUGCGGCGACUGCCGCUGCGGUCUAG